GCGACCUCAAACUUGCCAAUAGUGAAUGGACGGGAGAGAGAAUUUGUAAACGGUUGUUAUCAUGGACAGGCCUAUAAGAUAUCAAGUAUUGACAAAUGAGGGAGAUGAUGAACCUGCUCAACCUCUAGCUGUGGCUAUGGUGCUGCCCCCUGUGGACCAACAGUCAUCUCCACCUAGUGAGGAACCUGAACAUAUGUACGGCACCAAGCUGCCAUCUUAUGAUGAGGCUACAACUUUACCCACAUAUGAGGAGGCAGAAAGGUCAAAGGCUGCUGAGGCAGAGCGACAACAGGAUGUGGAGAGUCAGAACCAGGAGGAUGUGGAACACAGCAGGCAUCUUCUUAGAGUGACCUCCCUUGGUACAGAUGGCAUGUUUCUCUGUGCAUUUGUGGUUGCGUUCUUUUUUAACUGGAUUGGAUUUCUUUUCUCCAUUUGUGUGUUCACCACAAUUGCUGGAAGAUGUGGUGCACUCUCUGGACUUGGGCUUUCCAUUGUCAAGUGGGUUGCCAUUGUCAAGCAAAAUGACUGGGCUUCUGGCUAUGCUGACAGCGAUUCCUGGAUAUGGUGGCUUCUAAUACUUUGUGGUUUCAUGAUCUUCCUGAGAGGUGCAAUCCAUUAUGCCAAGAUAAAGUAUGAGUGGAAUCGUCUAGCUCAUAACAUUCGCUCUCAAUACUUCUUCACUCUGUAAGGCAACCUGUUUGUACUCAUCGGUGGGAACUAUGAAUAGAGGUGGUGAAUGAUAUCUGUUUAUCCAUGGAAUUGGAACUUUGGGCAAAUCAUUUAUUCAAUACCUGAAUGGUAUAUUUUUGAUUUUGAAUUUGAUUUUUUUUCAUAUUUUUGGUACAUGUAUUUGGAAUCCUCCAGAAUGUGAAUGGUGCCAAUCUCUUUUUUUUCAGUGCAGAUAUUUGUGUUCCAUAGAAUUAAUUAAUGACUGCAAAGUAUCUAUCGCCAUGGUAAAUAUGCAGAGUAUGUUAUAUGUACAGCUUGGUGAAAAUACUGAUAACUACGAAAGAAAAAAGCAAAAAAGCUGAAAUAUUCUUUUCAGUGUGAUAUUCCUGAAAACAGUUUUGCAUACACUUGAACAGUGGUAAUUUUAAUUGGAUUUUUCAGGCCAAAACACAAUAUCCAAAAAUGGUGGUUGUUACUCAGAGAUAAAGUGGUAUCUCAAAGCAUUGGUGAAUCCACUGGAAGAGCACUAGUCUUAACUCCAGAAAUAUUACAGAGUGGAUUUACCUAAAAAAAGUCUUAAUUUAUGAAGGAUCUGAGAGAACAUUCUGAUCUUCCAGAGUUACUGCCCUUCAUUUCACUCUGUUAGUGCCUCUGAUGUAUCCUGCCACUUUUUUUGGACCGAGGCUUGAUCAUGUGAUCCAUCUGAGCCAGACAGUUUUAUGUUACAUUGUCAUGAAAUAGGGAUCACAUGGGACUCUACCAAACAGAGCUUACCUAUCAUACACUGUUCGGUUUGAGAUAAUGGUGAAGAACAAACUUUAUUAUUAGACUCUGCAUUAAUAUUUUCCAAUUAGAUUUGACAAAGUGUUAAUUUUCUAAUAAAUCAUUUAUAUAUAACAAUAUACCAAUAUGGAUUAGAACAGUCUCAACACUACAGUAUUGUUCAAACAUCAACUGCUAAAUAAUGUGCAGUUACCCAUAAAUAUUGAUAAUAUUAUUCAAUUUUUAGAACCAUAUUAAAACACAUAUGACAUCAUUCACAGGAUGUUCAUUAUUAUAUCAUCUGAAGGAUGAUUUAGAAUCGUUCAUUUGAUUAAAAAGAAGUGUGCUUGUCAGUAAUGGACAAUGAAACAUAUUUUUAAUGAGGUCAUAGACUUAGGAUGUAUCAUGUAUACGUUUAUUCUAUAGAUACAUAGAUGAACAUACAUAUAAGUAUGUGAUGGAAAUGUUAUCAAAGCUUAGUAAGUUGGUGACACUUUUACCCAGAAAGAUAUUAAUUGUUGGAAGUAUUUUAUAUAUCUAUAUAUAGACAGCUGUUAUAGAAUACUGUGACCAGUGGUCAUGAAAGUGAUUGGUUGAUUCCAUGAUGUAAUGCAUUAUUAAGAAAUAGUCUCUCUCUUAACUCAUUUAAGGAUGUUUAAGUGAUUUUUAUGUGCUUGAACAAACUUGGAUAUAAUUCUAUAUACAAGUCUGUGGUGCUUUUGAUUAAACAAAUGGAAAGGGCGAGCCUCUGUUAAGGAUUAGUAUCUAAUACAAGUGAUAUCUGACCAUCUAUCUGUCUUAUCCAGAUGAAUUCACAGUCCAAUUAACUAAUGACUGUCAAAGUGUGACACCUAGUCCCCUUGGACUGUUGUAGCCAUGGUGAUAACAAAUAACAAAGACUUCCUAUUGGAAAUUACUUGUUAAGAAUUACAGGCUAAGAACUUUCUCAUUGCAAGAUCUUCAAUAAGAAUGAAAUGUACUCUUGCCUUUGAAAUUCCAACUGUAUUGGCUAUGCAUCUCUGUAAAACUCGCGUGUCAGUCAUAACAAUAUCAUGGACUUUAUUGACCAUUUCCGAGGUUGCGACAGUGACAGGCCUUUCAGGAUAGGCAUCAUCCCCAAGGCUAUGCACCACCCACCUUUUCACUGCAGCAUAUGAAAAGGCAUCGUCCUUAGAGUUGCUACCAUAUCAGCAUGGAUUUCCAUAGGUGAUACACUUUUCUUACGCAAAUAUUGAAUCACUGCUCUUUCAGUGAUUUUGUCCAUUUUGCAAAAGUCACUUGCCUUGUUAAGAGUGCCACCUCUUUGACAUAAAGUGACCAAAUGACAUCAUUCUUCAGUUACACAACUUUAAAUAUUCAGAGAAUAGUAGAGCUGAAAAAGGACAUCCCUUUUUAAUUUCCUCAAUACAAGGCUGACAUUUUAUCAAUCAGCCUUCAUAGUUAUAUUUAACAGUUGCUGUUCAAGUCUGUUUGGUCACUUCAUAAAGUUUUGAAGGAUGAAAGUUGUUAAUUAAAGGUUGAGUAGGAAAUGGCCUAGCCAAUAUUGGCCUGAUAAUCUACUUAAAACUCGGAGAACAGUUUAUGUUAAGCAACUCUCAUUGCACUGGAAACAUCAAAAUCAAAAAUAAAUUUCAAUUUUACUUUUUGAAAUUUCUUUUGCAGUUUCCGUUGUCUGGCCAGUAGCGUCAACUUUUCCCUUCAAAGGAAUUUUUCUCAAUAACCAAUAGGUCUAGUGUACUGAUAUUAGGCCUGUGUCUUAUAUACAAGCGUGCCUGUCUAUGAUAGGUUGUCUUCCAACUGGUCACUUAUAAUAUAAGUCUGCACACCUUUGCAUCUUAAGUAACCACUUCACCAUCUACAUCCUCUUUCUUCUUUCCAUCUCUAGGGCUACAUUAGUUUAAUGAAAAAUGGUCAGCGUUUGUGAUAUGAUGUUGCUAUACAUUAAGACCUGAUAAAAACUCAGGAUUUUUUUUAACAGUAGUAGUUGUACGAGCCUUAUUAUUGAAAUGCUACAUGAAUCAGCAUGUUAAAAUCAAUAAAAGAUACCUACAGGUAGCUUUGAUCCUGUCCCGUCUUUUCAAACUUUGUGGCACCAUAAAAUGUCAUUUUCUUUGGUAAUGUUGUGUUAAAUUUCCUUUGUAAUGUUCAAAUAAAAUAUGUUUUUGUUAAAAAGAAAAAAAUUCUACAUACUGAAUUUGUGCAAAACUGUGCAAAAACAUUUCGGAAGUAUUAGGAGAUUCUUUUUUGUAUACUGGACGUACAUAUGCUUGUGGAAUAUUUUUACAUAAAGUCACUUUAAGACUUAAAGAUUUGAUGUUUAUAUAUAUACUAAUAUUAGUAGACAUUUUCAAAUUUAAUAUUUGAACUAUUUAAUGUUUUAAGUGUUAUAUGCUACUUUCAGAGCCAUUGUUCUCUAUAUAUUUGUCUUUCCAUAUGACUUGUGUGAGAUUUGUGUCAUGAUAUCGAUGUAUUGUUGUUCUAGUGGUAACAGAAACUGAUUCAGUGUAUAGAAAUGUUUCCAUCUUGGUUAUGUUAUAUCGCCAGUUAAAUUACGUCUGUAGCUAUAGGAUCAUCCAUGCCAAUCUUCCAUGGUACGGAAUUAAAAAAUAAAAUAAUUUUAUCAUCACAAA